GACUUACGAAGUUGACCGACUAACAAAUUGGGGAAAUUGAGUUUGAUGAUGGGCCACAAGAAGCUAUACCAUACACCGCGUAUCUGAGGGUAAUACGCCGUCCGCGGCAGGCCUCGCCCGUGCUCGUGCUGAUGCAUUGAACAGUGUGCGAACGUCACUUUUCUUUCCAAGGGAAAUCAAAUCCGAGGUAUCGAUCAGGUUCAGAUCAAUGCGAAUUCUAUCCUAUGGAGAGACCUAUAAAUAUGUGCCUCUCAAGCAAAGGGAACGCUGCUAGCCCACUUAGCAGGCCGAACGAAUACAGUCGUUCCUUCAACUUAGCCCCGGCGAGUCAGGAUGGGUGACUGUGCGGAUCUCAUGGGACGCCAAACUGUCGCAGUACGUACCCGCAUCAUCUUCGCAUCCAUAGCAGUUUUGCUUUUUGAUAUUUGCAUCACUUUCGACUCGGAGGUUGAUUCGCUGGACAUGGGGGAGAAAGUGGGGGAUCGUGAGGAUAGCCUUUGUUAUCUCUCGCUAUAUACCAAUUGCAAGCGCUGCUAUGUGUAUAAAUUACGCCCUCGAGUCAACUCGCGGAGGAAUUGUAUACUCAUCUUGGGUACUGCUGCUGCUGAGGGUCAGUGUCAACUUCAAGUUGCUUUCCUCUACGUAACGUUUUUCAAGUCCUACUCGUGGCAAGGACCCACGCGUUUUGUGGAGGUCAUAAUAGCAGCUACGCUAACGAUUGCAAAUGUCGUUGCGAGUAAAUCCGGACAUCCUGCGUGUGGUAUAUUUAAGGGACAACGAAACGCAGGCAUCAUUUAUGGUUUGCAGAUGAUAUUUGAGCUUGUAUUAAUGUCCCUGACACUAUACAAACGCUUCAAAUUUUACCGACUGGAGAAGAGUCCAUUGGUUGUUACUAUCUAUCGGGAUGGCGUGAUUUACAUGAUGUGCAUUGUUCGAACAUUCGAGUCUUUACUUUUGCAGUCGUCUCGGUGGUGA